GAAAAAGCUGAACGCCAUCACCGCCGACGAUGUUUGCAGCUGACAUGGCAUAUCCACAACCGCCCUGAGGGACGAACCAGAGCGGUUGCAUUAAAUCCUUUUGGUCUGUCCGAAUAUUCCCUGUCCAUCCAGCUUCACGCGAUACUGUUGCACUCGGUCUCCAUGUCGCUCUCCAAGGUCAAGCACAUUGUGCUGGUCCUCUCCGGCAAGGGAGGGGUUGGCAAAUCCUCCGUAACGACACAGCUGGCGCUCUCGCUGUCCCUAGCGGGCCACUCCGUCGGUGUUCUCGACGUCGACCUUACCGGCCCCUCCAUCCCGCGCAUGUUCGGGAUUGAAGAUGCAAAAGUAACACAAGCCCCAGGCGGGUGGCUGCCCAUCACCGUCCACGAGGCCGACCGAUCUGCCGGUGUUGCUUCGCUCCGGGUCAUGAGCCUCGGUUUCCUCCUGCCACGGCGGGGCGACGCGGUUGUUUGGCGGGGACCAAAGAAGACAGCAAUGGUACGGCAGUUUCUAUCGGACGUUUUCUGGGACGAGCUGGACUACCUCCUAGUGGACACGCCGCCAGGGACCAGCGACGAGCACAUCUCCUUGGCCGAGACGCUUCUGCAAAAGGCGCGUCCAGGGCAGCUUGCCGGCGCCGUGGUUGUGACGACACCGCAGGCUGUCGCGACGGCCGAUGUUAGGAAGGAGCUGAACUUCUGUGCCAAGACUGGAAUCCGCGUACUCGGCGUUAUUGAAAACAUGAGUGGGUUCGUCUGCCCAAACUGCAGCCAGUGUACCAACAUCUUCAUGAGCGGCGGAGGGGAGGUCAUGGCGAAGGACUUCAACGUCCGAUUCCUGGGGCGGGUCCCCAUCGAUCCCCAGUUUCUGGUUCUGAUCGAGACCGGAAAGAGUCCAAGAUAUCCCGCAGGGACCUCCAUCAAUGGGCAGGACAUCUCGUCUCCUACGGAUGCGCCCGCCGAGGGCGACGAAACACGAGACUCCGCUCUCCUUGUUCAUAAGUACAGGAGUUGCUCUCUUGCACCAAUCUUUAGCACCAUCACAGCUGAUGUGGUCGCCAAUGUGGCAUAGUAGCAGCCAGAAGAGACACAAGAGUCAUCUUUUCACUCGACAAGCGUUACGCCUCCUGCACGUGUUGGUACAUAGCAUAGAGAGAGGUGUGCCUUCUCCAGAAACUUCCUAUCCAAGAACACCGCCACCCAUCCGGCCCAGUUAUAACCGUAUUGAAGCAGGAG